UGGUCGAAAUAAGCUCUCAAGAGCAGAUUCCCAUAACUACCACAAUCAUGUCUCAUUGAUUUGAGUGAGAAUGGGCUUCGUAGAUACGGUUCAGUAGCGGAUAUUCGGGCAAAUGCCGAGAGGAGUCAAAAGCGGAAGGUUUGGAAAUCUCAAUUGGGGAAAGAAAAAGGGCAGUUCUGCCAGAAUGCGGGGCUACGGCGAACCGAUGCGUUAUCGAGAUACCUUUUCGAACUCUCCCAUCGGAACUUUCUCCUCCACCUCCGCUUCAGCAAACCGACUUCGGCCCCCCGACUUAUCUGACACCCCUGGCGGCUUCAGCCCUGCCUGUCCCCUAGGCUAGCGUGCUCCAAGCCUCCAACUGCCGUCUGACUGUCCCGCGGUGAACCCCAACUCCGCCUUGUCCACCUUCUCCACAGACGAUGCCCGGCGCACCGCACCCUCGUUGAUCCCGCCCGCUAUGGACGACUCGACUCAAGCACCAGUGCAGCCAACCCAGCAGCAGCCCAAACGCCCUCGUGUGACCGAAGAGAAUCGCAAACGCGCUGUUCGAGCGUGUGACGGCUGUCGCAGAGUGAAAGAGAAAUGUGAGGGCGGUGUCCCUUGUCGCCGGUGUCUUCGCUAUCGCCGGCAGUGUAUCUUUACACAUAUAGAUCCUGCUGAGAAGAGCCGAUCGGCUUCUGUCUCGCUGCUCGAACGAGCUGCGUCGCUGAGUCGGCAUGACAUUCAAGAAGCAGAGCGGGUGCGCUGUAUGGAGCGUAUUUUGUCUUAUUAUGUUCCCAAUAUCACCUUCGAUAUCCAGUCUCUGCGCCAAGCUGCAGAGGAACUGACAAGCAAACGCCGCGAGUCGGAGUCGGAUGUACUCUCGAUGAAAGCCGAUGCGAAUGAUUUGGAAGACCUGGCAAUUGACGAAGAGAACUUUACAAUCAAAGCUCUCCCCGACAAUACGACUCAAUAUUCCGGGGAGUUUUCCUAUCUCAAUUUCUCCAAUAAAAUUCGAACGAAAAUUGAUGAGUGGAUGAAGACGGCAGCACCAGAAGCUAGUACUGAAGUUGAACCAUUUGAGGACCGAUGGCGGGCCACUCAACUUCAAUCCGGGUCUUCGUUAGUCUCAGCUUCGAUUACGUGUCUCCCUCCGCGCUAUGUGGCAGACUUCCUGGUCCAAAUCUUCUUCAAAUAUGCACAGACAAACAACUUUUACGUCGAAGAGGACUGGCUUCAGGACAAAGUAAAUCUCUGUUAUACUAAUCCAUCCAGUCUGUCCUCUGAUGACGCUGGUGCAGUAUGCGCACUUCUGAUGGUUUUGGCGGUUGGUACACAGUUUGCACACAUGGAAUCGACCACUUCGGUGAAUCGCCCGCCUCCAGCCGCCAACACUGACCAGGACCACCACUUCUCCGAGGAUGAGGUCGGCCUCACGUUCUACCAGUUCGCCUCCAAGUUGUUGCCGGACAUCAUUGCCACAGCCUCGGUGCGAAGUGUACAAGCUUGUCUGUUGAUCGGGACAUACCUGCUUCCUCUCGAUACUUCGGGUCUGUGCUACACCUACUUUGGCUUGGCUUUGAAAUUGGCCAUUCAAAACGGAAUGCAUAGAAGAUACCAUGGUGAAGGGCUCUCGCCUCGAAUGAUUGAAACACGAAACCGAGUGUUCUGGACUGCUUAUACCAUUGAAAAACGCAUCAGCAUUCUGCACGGCCGGCCGGCGUCCCUAGCGGAUGCGGAUGUUGACGCACCGCUUCCUGUGGAUUUCCCCGGUAUUAUGCCAGCGACGCAACAGUCAAAUCAUACAAACAUGAUCGCCUUGAUUACGCUCACUCUGAAGCUUGGAGAGGUUUCGAAUGAGAUUUCAUCGCUGCGGACUUGUCGGAAGGGGCAACAGCAAGACUGUCUUGAGCGACUACUCAACAUUCGGAAACACUUGGUAGAAUGGUGGUCAACACUCCCAGAAGAGACCAAUUGUCGCGAUCUCAAUCCAAGUGGACCAUUAUUUCGGUCUAAUGUUCACCUUAAGCUUGACUACUGCCUUACCCGAAUCUUCAUUGGACGCCCAUUCCUCUUCAGCAACAUCAAGGGCCUGUACCAGAAUCCUCACGCCGCCACCUCAAAGGGUCCGUCUGGUAUGGCAAAGAAUCGAGCUACUCUUGUCACAGACUGUGUCGAAGCAGCUCUGGAAAUCAUCGAUCUGUGUCGCCUUCUUCGAGACGAAACUGGCCUGGCGCGCGCUUCGUUCACUGAAUUCAGUUCAUGUCGUGCGGCUCUCCUGGUCAUUUUAGCACAAGGCUUGACUAAGCGCACUGAGCGCCUUGGCGCUGCGCUUGACCAAGGUAUUUCCUUGAUCAAAAUCAUGUCAAUGGGUGUUGGCUCCGCACGUUCGGCUGUGAGUGUCAUUGAGGCCCUUGAGCGAGCCAUUCGACGCCUUGAACUCUGGAGCGAAACCCAUCAAUCUCAAAGCAACGGUGGCAGCAUUGAAUCUGCCUACGACCGCUUCAAGAACUGGGAAAUGCUCUGGAAAACUGGCCCAGUCUCACCUACAACCAUGGCGUGGAAGCAAGAGGCGUAUGCCAACGAUCCCACUAUGCAGCAAAGCAUGAACCACCAAGCCCCCGAUCCCUCUGUGGCGGGCUCCGUUAUGCCAGGCGUGCCCAUCACACCUCCAGUCUUGCCGCCAAAUAGUGCACAUGACUCCCACGCAGCACUAGGUAGCCAUGACCACGAGGUUCUUGAAAGUGAUAUCCCUGGCAGUAGUAUCUCGAUUCCGGACAGCUACUCUGUAUCACAUCAAUCCCUUUCGCAGAUGCCUCAUUUCGGCUUCGACCACUUUGUCUCGAACUUUCCCCAGGAGCUGGGUGAAUUCACGGCCAUUCCAUGCUUUGAGCCUGAUACGCAGGGGAAUCCGGCCGGUCUGCCCGUUGGUACAGAGCUGAAGACCCCUGGCAGUGCAGAUUCGCAUUGGUUGCAAUAUAUGAACGAGUGACUGGCUUUCAUCAAUGCGUCUAGCUUGGAACAGCGAUUCUUUUUUUCCUUCGGUGUUUGUUGGUUGGGGUACUGGAUUUCCGUUUAUACCACAUCUUGUAAAUUGGUUCACUUUCUUCGCAUCUUGUUUAUAAGGAAGUAGAUUGUCGGACUGUAGUCGUCUCUCUUAUAUUUUCGUUUGCCCAUCGCCUGGAGAUAAAACAUUUUUACUUAUUCACAUUGGUCGUAAUCUAGACAACCAUUGCUCAGACAGCCACUAGUAAGGUACAAAAUGGUAUCGCUAAUCGAAAACAACCUUCUUUCCUUGGAACGUCGCCGUAGACGCCUGCUCCUUGAGCUUCCGCUUUGCCUCCCACGACGGGUGCAAUGGUCCAGUAUCUUGAGGAGGGUUCCUAGGCUUGUUGGCAUGGCCAUGUCCAGCGCCCGAGCGGUCAUCAUAACGAUUCUGAGACCGCCCUGCACCAAAGCCACCUCUUCCACCACGAUCGCCUCCCCGCCUAUCACGAUCACCACCCGUCGCUCCCUUGCGCGUAUCCCAUCCACUAUCCCUACUCCAUUUCUGUUUCCUUUGCUCCUCCUGGACGUGGUUUGCUUUCGCACCAUACUUCUUUUCCCAGAGCGCUCGGCGGGCUUGUUGACCCAUACGGUUCUUACGCUUGGGUGGGCCGGCGGCUCCUUCGUCGUCGGUGGCCUCCUCAGAGCCAGACCAGUAACCACCCAUCAUAAGCGAGGGAAGGAAUGUGGUGCUUUGCGCUGGCUCCUUAGACCCCUUGGCUGCUUUGACCUUUUUGGAGGGUGGUGAGUCCUCGGCAGAGAAGUCUGGGGAGGGAGAGCGGGAGAUUGAGUCUGAGAUGUCGUCUCCCAGAUCUUGCUUGUGCGCAUUCUCAAUAUCAUCGUCUGACCCUGACUCAUCGUCGGAAUCUGACCCUGGGGCUAGGCGGGCGUCGAAAUGUGCGAGGUCGUCGCUGUCGAUGUCCUCGUCGCCAGAUACGCUCAAGUCUUGGCCGUCAGCAGACUCUAGCUCCUCAGCGUUGUCUUUCGAAGAUUUCCUUGGUUUCUUCGGUGCCGCUUCCUCAUCUUCUGACCCGGAAACAUCGGCCUGUUUACUGGUAGAUUUCUCUUUCUUAGGCGCAUCCUUCUUAGCACCAGCCUUGUCCGUCUUCCCGGCAGGCGCGUCUUCAACUCCCAACAAUUUUCGGAUUCCAUUUAUAAUUUCGGGCAUCACGUUCUUCACGGGCGUGGACUUGAACAGCCUACCAUGGACAUUGGAUUCGGCAGCGCUCUUCGGUCCCUCAGUCGAUACAUUCUUGGCUUCUUGGAAUUCUUUGAAAGUCGGUGAUUCGGCAAUCCGCUUGGUUUUGGCGAGUUGUUUGAAGAGAUAUCGCUCUGCUGUCUUUGGGUAGUCGAUUGCCUAGAAACAGUCAGACCGGAUCAGUUCUCAGAAUCCUUGAACACGGGAUUAUUGAUCCGAUUGUUACCUUCAAUGCGUCCACUUCCUCCGCCAGUCGCGCCAAUGUCGCAGCAUUACCAUCAGCCUUGGCAGUCUUCUCACGCCGGCUGAGUUUUUGUCUCUCGAAGCCGCGCGCGGUUUUCAGGCCUUUUGCUAGGAUUUGUACGCCUUGUUCGAAUAUGGUUGUGAGCCGGACGGCUUUGAUUGACAAUUUGCGGGUGUCGAGUCGCGAUGGACCGUUGAACUCGGAGAGCUUGCGCUUAGGCAUAGUUAUGGUGGUAUCUGGAUGUGAUAUAUUUUCUGAUAUGGAUCUCAAUAGGAUUUCUCGGCGGAAAACGAAGAGCAGGAAUGAGACUGCGCCGAGUUAUCGAAGAUCUUGAAGUGUU